AUCUCAAAUUAAAAACAAAAACUGAUCGGCUACUCUUCCGAAGGCUCUGAUUAUUCAACAAAACAGCGGAAUAAAAUUCGUGUUCUGUCAAAUACUGGAGCUGUGCGCUUUAAUCCUAUCCUAAACUAUUCUUAAGAUAUAAUGCAUAACAGGACAAAUUAUAAGUGCACAAUGUAAGCUGGGCUCUUGAAGAUCAAAUCAUAUCACAGAAAAAACGGAAGUGUUGCAGUUCCAGAAAACCCCCACGAACGACAACAGCGCGACUAUGAAAAUUCCUUUAUUUUUCAAAUCUGUACUGCUGAGCAUUCCGGUGGGAGUGACCUUUUUCGAUUGUGUCGGAUAUGUUGUCCGGGUGGAUGGCAUCUCGAUGCAACCGGCCUUGAAUCCCGAUGAGAGCGCUGCGACUGAUUAUGUUUUCCUGUCACGUUGGGCCGUUCGGAACAUGGAUGUGAAGCGGGGAGAUGUGGUGUCGUUGAUAUCACCCAAAGAUCCUAGUCAAAAAAUUAUCAAACGUGUGGUUGGGCUACAGGGAGACGUGAUCUCAACGUUAGGAUAUAAAAUGCCGUACGUGAAGGUGCCCGAAGGACACUGUUGGAUCGAAGGGGAUCAUACAGGGAACUCACUGGAUAGCAAUACUUUUGGCCCAAUAUCGCUUGGGUUAAUAACGGCUCGGGCCACGCAGAUUGUGUGGCCCCCGACACGUUGGCAAUCUCUAAAAUCGGAUAUUCAGAAAACGCGACAUCCCAUUUCCCUGGGUAAAUCUGCUUCGGGAAACAAUGCUAGCGUCAACCAUCAAACAUUACAAGCUCAAAAGAAGACUUAGUCAUGUCCAUAUUUAGAGUACCUCAACAUGAUGUAAAACAUCCCAAAAAUUAUAUUCUGCCAGUGAAAUAUAUUUACUGUCUGAUUUUUUUUAA